GUUAAAAACCCCCCAAGCAGAUGACAACAGCCUCCGGGUUUCCUUUAUUCUUUUACGGUUCGUACCCUUAUUACGACUCACUUGCCCUCUCAGCCCGAUAGCGUUUCUUUCUCCUUUGCUACAAGAUUAGAAAUCCCUUCGGGAAGCUGUAUUGUUCUACGGCUUGGCGCAACACAAUGACAAUUACUAUAUAAGCUUCUUCCUUUGAUAUCUCUGUUUGUCCCCUACCCCCCUAUCAUGUAGAAAGAAGAGCUUACAAAAGAGCCUUUGUUCUUUAUCUAUUCAUAGAAAUAUAUUUCUUAACUUCGAUCCUUGCGAUGAGAUCUUAAUUAUAUCCCUACCUACCCUACCUAUACAUCUUGCUUUUUCCAAUCUCGAGUAAGUCUUCCAAAGAGACGCUCUAGCUAAUUGAGCUGUUACCUGAACUUCAUUCUGCGCUCGGUAUCCAAUGACAAGCGAUGUGAAUAUCUCGAGACGUCCGGGUCUCGAGCCUGUAUGGACUAAUACCUACCACAACAUUAACGACAUGCCUAAGACUAUCCUUCGGCCAACUCCCAUCAGUGUGGGCCUGCCUCAGUCGCCAAUAUCUCCCAAGAGCCUCCCAAUCCUUCCAAGCCCUAAUCCAGUCCAUCCCGCCUCUUAUGAUGGAUCGAUGAGAAGGCAAGAUCGGGCGCUGGUCAACAGCCUUGACCAUAGAGCGGUGCCGUCCCUAAGCUCGGCACCUCUGACUCCCAUCGACGAGUACUCGCCGUCACCAUUGGUCGCAAGGCUCGAAAAGAUCAGCAUCCUACCGCCGAUGAGCAUUGCCAAUGGCACACUUACACCACCUUCGUCAGAUGCCUCGUCUCGGAGAGAAAGUCUGCUGUCUCUAGAUGGGUCGACAUCAGUAACCAUGCAUGAUGCUCCCUCGGGACAUCAAGUUAGAAGUCCUAGCUACUAUAAUACGGAUUAUCCCACGUCACCGGGUUCUCUGAAAAGAGAUGCAGCAUUAAGGCUCCGGGACCAACUUCGGGCUUGGGGCCCCGUCUAUUUUAGCAACUCAAAGAUGGCCGAUGCCUUUAUUAUCGCUAGAUCUCUGCGCCAACAUAACUGUAACUCCCCGACGAGCCCGGCAUUUGUAAAAUUACCGGCGUGUGCACCACCAAAUAAGCGACUGACAGUUCGCGCUAUAGUCCGGCCUCAGUCUCAAGAUAGGUCAGCAUUCCUAAUUCAGCGCAACUUCGAUAUCGAUGAGCUCCGGGCUACUAUCCCCGAUCCACCUCCACAUAUACAAGUAAACAGCGGCCCGGACGGACAACGGUCUCCGAGUCAGAGCAGUGCCUCGGUUCCCAUACAGUCCAGCCGUAGACGAUCAAGUACCGUGCGGUCGGGCAUUCUGCUGCGCUCCGACGCAAACACCUUGGAUCUGGAGAGCUUGAUAAGAGACGCGAGGGCUAUACCAAUGCACCUACCAUAUGCUCGAGCAUACUUACCUGUCGUGGCGGCGCUACUAACCUCCGGCCACGUCCGCGAGGGCGAUGUUGUAUAUCUGCCCAUGCCUCAUGCCGAAGCGUGGGCUCAGACAGUACGAUAUGUGUAUACAGGGCAGGGCGAGCUGACGGAGGCAGUCCGGGAGAAUAUAUUGUAUUUAGCUGGGAAGGUAUGAUUAUGCUAAUAUUUGUUUUAUCUGAACGGGUAACUGGUAGCUUUAGCUUCGGCUCCGAGGGGGUAAUCGUGGCAAGCAGAUAGCACCCGUAUGUAGAUAUGUGUUGGGUUGGAUGGUUUGGUAGAUAAAAUGGAUGGGAAUAAUGAGGAUAUGAAUAGACGGGGUAUUUGGAAAAUGGGUGGUAUAGUCUAUCUCUAGCAAGCGGAAUUUCUCCUAAGC